GACGAAACGGGACAAUGAAAAGCAAGAUGGCGUCUGAUCGAUAAUACGCUUUUGUUUUUUGUUUUGUGUGUUCUUAAUCAGGGCGUACAUGUACAAAUAAUUGUUGUUUAACAGCGUUACCAUCGUAAAUAAUUGUUUGUUUUGGGACACGCUUGUCUGGGGUCUUGGCGCACUUUGCUGCUUCUCGUGCUAGCGUAGCUUAGCUUGUUAGCUUAGCUUGUUAGCUGCUAACCAGCUACCAACACGUCGCUAAGCAGAGAUCAGGUUUAAGUGUAAAGUGUUGUGAUUGUGUGAAAAUGUGCGAAAGAACGAUUGCAGAGUACGAGGAGGAACUUUCUCCAACAAAAGAGGAGAAGGAGCGACAACAUCAACUACUGGACGCUGUUUUCAAGGAACAUCAAGUUGUGUCACACAGAACAGACAUCCAGCAGCCCCCUCAUAUUGAAGAAGGAGAUCCACUACCCCUUCAUGUAAAAGAGGAAGAGGAGGAGCCACAGGCUACCCAUGUUAAAGAGGAAGAGGAGAAUAUCUGGAUCACUCAGGAGGAAAAGUGUCUUCUAGGGCAGGAGGAGGCUGAUCUCACCAAGUUUCCACUGACUGUCGUCUCUGUGAAGACCGAAGACUACGAAGACAAACCACCUGAGUCUGCAGAGCUUCAUCACAGUCCAAAUGACCAGCAGCUGCUUGGUUGUCAAGAAAAAACAUACCCUAACUUGCUGGAGGUGAGCUCCACUUUGAAGAUGGAAGAUCCACAGCCCCGCCACAUUAAAGAGGAAGAGGAAGAACUCUGGAUCACUCAGGAGGAAGAGUGUCUUCCAGGACAGGAGGAGGCUGAUCUCACCAAGUUUCCACUGACUGUUGUCUCUGUGAAAACUGAAGACCAUGAAGACAAACCACCUGAGUCCUCACAGCUUCAGCACAGUCCAAGUGAGAAGAACAGAUCCAUGGAACCUUCAAGCAGCGGCUCACCACAACACACAACGGAAGGUGAUGGAGACCACUGUGGAGGAUCAGAGGAAGAAAACCUCAUUGCGCCACUGUCGGACAGUGACGACACAACAUCACACGUUAAUGUAAAUACGGAAAGAGGAGAAAGACCUUUCAGUUGUUCAGUGUGCCCGAAAAAGUUCUUCCAAAGGGUAAGGAUGCUGUCACAUAUGAGAACACACACAGGAGAAAGACCAUUUAGUUGUUCUGUUUGCGGCAAACGUUUCUUUGACAAAAGUACUUUGAAAAUGCACAUGAAAACACACACAGGGGAAACUCCUUACAGUUGUUCCGUUUGUGCCAAAGGCUUUGUCAGAAACUCUGAUUUGGCGCGACACACGCAGACACACACAGGAGAAAAACCUUUCAGUUGUUCGGACUGUGGCAAAAAAUUCUCAAAAAGGGAAACGAUGCUGUCCCACAGUCUGACACACACAGGAGACAAACCUUUCAGUUGUUCGCUUUGCAGAAAAGGCUUCUUUAGAAACUCUAGUUUAACUCGACACAUGAGAAUACACACAGAAGAGAAAACUUUCAGUUGUCCAGUUUGUGCGAAGGGCUUUUUUAGGAACUCUUGCUUGACUCGACACAUGACAAUACAUACAGAAGAAAAGCAUUUCAGUUGUUCGGCGUGUGGAAAAAAAUUCUCGAACAAAUAUAGAAUGCAAACGCACAUGAGAACACACACAGAAGAAAAAACCUUUGGUUGUUCAGUUUGUGCAAAAUACUUUUUAAAAAAACAGGAAUUGUUACGGCACAUGCGGACACACACUGGAGAAUAACUUGUUCUUUUUAAAUGGACUCCGGCAGAAACACUAACGGUCUAAUGUAGGGCUUCUCUGAAGUUCGGACCAUGGACCGGAUCCGGACUGCGGAACAGGUCUGACCAAGUAAGCAUCCAGCCAGCCCACCUUAUUUUAGCUACUGGUUAAAAAAGUAACUGUUUCGUAAUGUUACAGGGGAACAUUAUCACAAUUUCAAAAGGGUUAAAAACAAUAAAAAUAAGUUCCCAGUGGCUUGUUGUAUUUUUUGAAGUUUUUUUCAAAAUUUUACCGGUCCCGGAAUAUCCCUAAAUAAAGCUUUAAAGUGCCUUAUUUUCGCUCUCUGCGAAGACACUGGCCAUUUCCCUAUGACGUCACAGUGCUGCCAAUGUAAACAAACAAUGGGAAUACCAAAGCAAGAUAUAGCGACAUUAGCUCGGAUUAAAACUCGGAUUUCAGCGACUUAAGCGAUUCAACAGAUUACGCAUGUAUUGAAACAGAUGGUUGGAGUAUGAAAAUAUUGAAGAAGAAACUGAAGCUAUUGAGCGAAUAGCUAUUGACGCUAUUCAUAGCCAUAGCAUGGCCGAAUAGCUGCGUUAGCAUCGCCGGUAAAAUGUGCGGACCAAACGAUCAGGACUUUCGCAUCUUUUGACACUGGAGCAACUUAAAUCCGUCGAUUGGUAAGUGUUUGUUUCGCAUUAAAUGUGGGUGGAAGGAAAUGUAAUAUAGUUGCAAAUGCAUCUACAGGUUAUCCAUACAUCUCUGUACCAUGUCUGCUUUAGCACCGCCGGUAAAUAGCAUGUUAGCAUCGAUUAGCGUAGCAUGUUAGCAUCGAUUAGCUGGCAGUCAACAUCAACAAAACUCACCUUUGUGAUUUCGUUGACUAUCGUUGCAAAUGCAUCUGCAGGUUAUCCAUACAUCUCUGUGCCAUGUCUGCCUUAGCAUCGCCGGUAAAAUGUGGAGAAAACUCCAGCACAUUCAAUGGGGGUCUGGCGGCAGGCACUUUGACAUCUUCGGGCCAGUGGUGCAACUUGAAUCCCUCCCUGUUAGUGUUGUUACACCCUCCGACAACACACCCACGAGGCAUGAUGUCUCCAAGGUUCCAAAAAAAUAGUCAAAAAACCGGAAAAUAACAGAGCUGAGACCCGGUGUUUGUAAUGUGUUGAAAAUGAAAAUGGCGGGUGUUGUACCUCAGCGACAUCAUAUUCUGACGUCAUCCCCUCCAGAGCGAUACACAGAAAGGCGUUUAAUUCGCCAAAAUUCACCCAUUUAGAGUUCGGAAAUCGUUUAAAAAAAUAGAUGGUCUUUUUUCUGCACCAUCAAGGUAUAUAUUGACGCUUACAUAGGUCUGCUGAUAAUGUUCCCCUUUAAGAUUCAGGAUAUAAUAUUUUGCAUUUGAUUUUUUUAAUAAAUAUUUCCCAAGUGCUGUUCAAGAGAGCAAAGCAUUAACACAGCUUUCCCAAGUAUCCUACUUUCAUUUAGGAUGCUUCCUUCCAAUAUUUUCUUUUGCACACAGGAACAAAGUUAUUUCAUGUUAACCAAAAAUGACCAGAGUCAAAAUUAUUCGCCCCCAUGAAGCUAAUAGGCGAUUGUGUGUCAUUUUUACUGUAAAGGCCUGCCUUUUACUGUACACAGUUUUCCACAAGUCUUACACACACCACCUGAGCAAUCUCAGCCCAUUCUUCUAUGGCAGGGGUCGGGAACCUUUUUGGU